AUGACAGUCCCUCAACAACGAAGGAAAUGGUAUCACAUCAAAUGGUUUGCGGAUACAGAUACCAAGGAAGAGAGAAAACUCAUUUUAAAGCUGGACUUGUUGAUUGUUCCGUAUGCUUUUUUGGCCUAUUGGACAAAAUAUAUUGAUCAGGCGAAUAUCAACAAUGCUUAUGUCUCCGGUCUCAAGGAAGACUUAAAUCUCCAGGGCAAUGAUCUGGUUCAGUUGCAGACCAUGUAUACUAUUGGUGCUGUUCUGGGUCAGCUCCCAUUCGCCUACUUGUUCACUAAGCUUCCUAUGUCGUGGAUUAUUCCAUUCAUGGAUGUAGCAUGGGUUGGCUGGUUUGAGGCGGCUUACUACCCUGGGAUGCACUAUAUAUUCGGCUCAUGGUAUCGAGGUGACGAAAUCGCCCGUCGCGGAGGCUGCUUCUACGUUGGCCUCACACUAGGCACUUUAACAGCAAGUCUAAUCCAAGCUGGCACCUCAAGCCGACUAGACGGAGUCAACGGCCUCGCAGGUUGGCGCUGGAUGUACAUUAUCUGCGCAAUAAUCACAAUACCCGUCGCAAUACUCGGCUACUUCAUUCUCCCGGGCACACCCGACAAACCCAACAAAUAUAUCUUAAAAGAAGAGGACAUAACUCUCGCAAAAUCCCGCCUCGAACAAGCAUCUCACAGCAUAAAAGAAGAAAACGUAUCCUGGCGCACCCUGCUCAAUGUAUCUCGAAACUGGAAAUUCUACGCCCUCCUCUGGCUAAACAUAUUCUUCUGGAAUGGAAGCAUAAACACAACAACAGGCGGGUAUCAGCUCUGGCUAAAGAGUCUAAACAAGUAUUCUACCAGUCGUCUUAACGAGCUUGCGGCUAUAUCGCCGGGACUGGGUAUAUUCUAUACGUUAUUUGUGUGCUUUGCGUCUGAUUUACUUCUCGGUCCGGCGUGGGCUAUUACGCUUGCACAUGUGUGGAAUAUUAUUGGGUUGGUUAUACUUGUUGUUUGGGAUGUGCCGGAGGGGGCGCUUUGGUUUGCGUUUUUGACUACUUACUCUGCUGUUGCGAUGUCUAGUGUGCUUUAUGGAUGGAUUAAUAGUUCAUUGAGGACUUCGCCGGUUGAAAGGGCUGUUACGCUUGUUAUUGUUAAUCUUGUUGCACAGUCUACGACGGCUUGGACGCCGUUGUUGGUUUUUAAGACUGUUGAGGGGCCGAGGUUUACGAAGGGGUAUUCUUUUGUUCUUGGGAAUGCGAUCUGCUUGAUUGUGCUUGCACAUGUUUAUCAGUUUAUUGUUUCGAGGAAAGAGAGGUUGAAUGCUCGUGGGAGUGUUGGGAAUGAGAGUGGUGAUGAAUCGAGUCAUCUUGAAUCUGGGGUUGAAGAGAAUAAAGUGACCGCGAAAGAUUGA